UCAAUGGCAGCGCUCGUCCUCGCACUGCUGGCGCUCAGCGCUCCGGCAGCCGCUCUCGCACCAGGCAGCACUGUGACAGUCAUUGGAGCCUCAGGGAAUGUGGGCAAGCUCGUAGCGCUGCGAUUGAGUGAGACGUUCAAAGUGAGAGGCGUCGUGCGGUCCGCAGCGCGAGCGCGCAGCUUUUUGCCGGACGUCGAGCUGCACGAAUGUGAUCUGCGAGACGGGCCGACCGCGAGCUUGGCCAAGGCGCUUGAUGGUGCUGCGGGCUUGGUCGUCUGCACCGGCACCACAGCGUUCCCGACGAAGGCCUGGUCUGAAACAGGAAGAGACGACGUCACCUUUCCCGUGUUGCAAGCCCUGUUCGAAGCGAAGGGCGACCGAUUUAAGGCCAUCGACCUCCUGACGGAGCGCGGCUACAACACGCCCGCGACCGUCGACGAGACGUGCACGAAGACGUUGCUGGAGGCGUGGUACAGCUCCGCCGGAUCAAAUAGAGACCGCCUCGUGCUGCUCUCGAGCGUCGGCGUCGUGCGGCGCGACGAGAUGCCCUACCCCAUCCUCAACGCAUGCGGCGUCCUGACGGCCAAGGCUUCGGCCGAGGCCGCGAUCAAGGCCGACGCGGAGAAAAGCGGCUACGCCUACACGUUCGUGCGGCCGGGGCAACUGUUCGGCGGGCCCUACGACAACAACGUGUACCUGGGGACGCUCUUCCAGCUGGACAAGGACGCAGACGAGCGCGACGUUUUAUUGGGCCGCGGCGACGUGACGCUGAACGACGACCCCCAGCUCGGCACGCUCCGGUCGACGCCUGUGUGGAAUCAACCAGUGCGUCGGGUGCCGACGCGACGUAUCAGCACCGUGAAAUUUUGAUUCCACACAGGUCGACGCUGGCCGAGGUCAUCGCCCAGGCGCUCGAGACGGGCAGCGCGCAGAACAUGGACUUCACAUGCGUCAACGCCAAGGGCGCCGAGCCGACGGUGCCCGAGCUGCGGGAGCGGCUCGCGGCGCUGGGCUAA